GCCCACACUGCAGUGCCCUACCAAGUGGUCAUCCAGCCUGGAAGACCCCCAGCAAUGGUGAAUCCUAGUACCUACCCAUCAAGCACAUUUGUUCAACUUUUUAAACAAGUCCUGUAGGAAGAUUUUCCUGAUGUCAGGCCAACACCUUGCCUCUUGCAUUUUUAAUUUCUACCGGCUGAGGCUUCAGCAAAACAAGACUCACAAUCCCUAGUUCACCUGACAGUCCUUCAUAUGUUUGUUGGAUAGCUUUUCCUUUGCUCCCUAUGCCUUCCAAGCUCAGAGGUCCCUGUCGCCUCCUAUGGCAUGAUUUCCACUUUGACCUGGGUUUCUUCUGUAGUUCUGUGCUCUUCCAGUAUUAUGCCAGCCAACACAAUGGAUUCACAUCUCGUUCAGAAAAUCAGUUCUAAUAGGUAUUUCAUGCAUGGCGUGUGUCGUGAAGGGAGCCAGUGCUUGUUUUCACAUGACUUAUCAACAAGCAAGCCAUCCACAAUCUGCAAGUUCUACCAGAAAGGCUGCUGUGCCUAUGGAUCUCAUUGCAGAUAUGACCACAUGAGGCCAGCAGCGAUGGCCAGCAGUGGUGCAGCGGGUGCCGGGCCUCACAGCCUACCUUCACCAAUUUUUCACAGUCCACACCCUCAUCCUGAUGUGACUGCGUCUUUAAUGAAAAGCAGCUCCCACGAACCUGGCAAGCGUGAGAAGAGAACGCUGGUGCUGAGAGACCGGAAUCUGUGUGGCUUAACUGAAGAAAAGACCAGGCCCUGUGCUGUGAGUGACCUGGGAGGUUGCAGUUACUCAAACCAUAGCGUGGAGAUGAAGCCUCAUUCCUACUUAGACGCCAUCCGGAGUGGCCUGGGUGGUCUGGAAGCCGGGAGCUCAGACGGCAACGAGCAGCAGCUGUGCCCCUAUGCGGCCGCUGGCGAGUGCCACUUUGGAGACGCUUGCGUCUAUCUCCAUGGGGAUGUUUGUGAGAUCUGUAGGUUACAAGUCCUGCAUCCUUUUGACUCAGAGCAAAGAAAGACGCACGAGAAGCUCUGCAUGGCAACCUUUGAACACGACAUGGAGAAAGCCUUUGCUUUCCAGGCAAGUCAGGAGAAAGUAUGUAGCAUCUGCAUGGAGGUGGUCUAUGAGAAACCAUCAGCCUCGGAGAGGAGGUUUGGGAUCCUGUCCAACUGCAGCCACACAUACUGUCUGUCCUGCAUCCGACAGUGGAGGUGCGCCAAGCAGUUUGAGAAUCCCAUCAUCAAGUCCUGUCCAGAAUGCCGGGUAAUAUCUGAAUUUGUCAUUCCAAGUGUGUACUGGGUUGAAGACCAGAAUAAGAAAAAUGAACUGAUCGAAGCAUUUAAGCAGGGCAUGGGGAAAAAAGCCUGUAAAUACUUUGAACAAGGCAAAGGGACCUGCCCCUUUGGAGGAAAAUGCCUUUAUCUCCAUGCUUACCCAGAUGGGACAAGAGCUGAACCAGAGAAACCUCGAAAACAGCUCAGUUCAGAAGGCACUGUGAGGUUCUUCAAUUCUGUCCGGCUUUGGGAUUUUAUUGAGGACAGAGAAAGCCGGCACAUCCCAGCUACUGAGGAGGAUGAUGUAACCGAACUCGGUGACCUUUUCAUGCACCUUUCAGGAGUGGAAGAGUCUGCCUCGAAUCCUUGAGAGUGAACUGAAGCCCCCUCCCCAGCCCACCCCCUUGCCAUCCCAUACUCUAGGCUCUCUGCCGGACCAGGCCUAUGUAUUUAGAGAGGGUGUGCUGCAGAGUUUUACAUUUACUGCAACGGUAGUUGAUGUGUCGCUUGGAUUAAGUGAGGUUGUGUUAAACCUUUGUCUGAUCCAGUCUCCAUUAUUACAGCAAUGGAAACACUGAAGGCUAUAAAAUAAAAAAUUAACAGAAGUAUAUGUAA